AUCGCAAAGCUUCUAUACAUACCCGAACAUGUUAUUCUCUCUUGUAUCCAACUAAGUUACACUACAAGUCUACAAACUCAAUACACAUUGACUGGCAAGUCCACAGACUAUUUUUUUAAAAGGUUUCACACACGAAGAAUUCCAAAAUGGCUAGGGUCCAAGGUUUAGCUCUUCUUGGUUUAUUAGUGAUUUCAAGUUUGGUUAUGUUAACCGAGAGCCGAGUCGCAAGAAAAGACUUGGGGCUUGACCUAGGUGGGAUUGGGGUCGGUCUGGGCGUUGGAUUGGGGAUUGGUAUUGGCGGCGGUUCAGGCUCUGGUGCUGGUGCUGGUGCAGGUUCAGGAUCAGGUUCAUCAUCUAGUUCUAGCUCUAGCUCGUCAUCAAGUUCGAGUUCUAGUGGUUCGGGUCGAUCAGGAGCCGGAUCAUCUGCUGGUUCAUUUGCUGGAUCUAGAGCUGGAUCAGGAUCUGGUAACUAAAUAAUAAGUAACGAUGUAUUUCCUACUUAAAGUAUGAACCAAAAAGUGUGUGUUUAUGUUGUUGGUUUGUCGUGUGUAUAUACGAAGUUGGAUGAAUAAAAUGUCGUCAUAAGUUAUGUUUGUUUGAGUCUGUAUGUUUUUUUGGGUGCAAUUUGAGUCUGUAUGUUCCAUACAAGUCUAAAUUGUUAUAUAAUCUCUUUAAAUUUGGAUCA